AUGUCUUUCACCAUGCAAAUGGGCUCUCGCAAGUACGUUAAAUUAUCGUUGGAGCAACGCAUGAUGGUAAUUAAAUCGUUUAAACAUACACCAAACUACAACCGUUUGGCGAGUUACUUCCAUUGCAGUACAAGGCAGGUAAGGAGUAUCAUCGCUAAUAGAGAUAAGAUCAAGCGCUACCACAAUGAACGUGCCAAGAAAUUAGCAGAAGAAAUAGUCAAUCGGCGUCGAGAGAAGAUUGACUUUCUCUGCGAAGUGGUCUAUGAGUUUCUACUACGCGCUCACUAUCUUCGCAUGCCAAUCGACAUAUCAAUCAUACGAACGAAGGCAUUUGAAGUGAAAGAGGCAUUAGCUAUUGAAAAUUUUACACCAAACAAUGAUUGGUUGCAAGUCUUUAAAUCGCAUUACGAUACAUUGGAUUUACCAGGAAUGACGGAACAAUUACCAAGUUCUAUGGAGGAGCGACGUUCGUUGAAGUGUAUCGAUAUAAUGGAGUAUAUAAGCAAGCAAGCUGGAGGGAAGGAAGAAAAAACACAUAUGGAGGCAGAGGACACCCCUGGAAGUGGUCGGAAUGAUAGUGAAAAGGCGAUACAGAAUUUUAUGAAAUCUGAAAAUGACGUUGAUGAUCAUAAAGCGUAUGGCAGUACUAAAGAUGAUUUGGGGAAUCAUGAGAGUGUUGAAAAUAUGAGCACUACAAGCGCGAGUGCUGCACCGAUUGUCGUCGAUCUUGAUUCGGAUGAGGAAGACGAAGAAGUAGAGAGCGCUGUGGUGAAAGCGGAGGAGACUGUAUCAGCUAACACAAGCUGUUUUGCUACCAAGCCUAUUUUAAAACCCUCUACGCCCCCACCUUUUCCCGAUAUAGACAGCUAUCCGGAAGCUAUGCGUCAUCUGAAAGUGUUGGAAGAUUUUGCGAUGAUGAAAGAGAACUAUCGCGCUAUCGGCUUGAUAACACAACUGGAGCAGAUUUUCAAGAAUCCACCGAAAUUGAAGAGCUAA